AUGUAUUUUUCAGGAAUUUAGCCAACAGGAAAAAUGCACAUAGGCAAUUAUUUGGGUGCAGUUCGAAAUUGGGUUAAAUUAUAAUAACCAGGAAAUCAAAAUAUAUAUUGCAUUGUAGAUUUGCAUGCCUUAACAGAUAAAUUAACCAUAGAUCACGAAAUCAAAUUUGAUCAGAACACUAAAUCAGAUACCUUAUCUUUGGCAGCCACGUUAAUUGCAUCUGGAAUCAACCCUAAACAAUCUGUGUUCUUUAUAUAGAGCCAUGUGCCUGAACAUGCAGAAUUAUAAUGGAUUCUGUCGUGCAUUGCUCCUAAAAAUUGGUUAAAUAAAAUGACUCAAUAUAAGGAUAAAAAGAAGGAAUACUCAACUCUUGGACUUUAUACAUACCCAUUAUUGAUGGCAGCAGACAUCAUACUUUAUCAGGCAUAAUAUGUACCGGUUGGUUUAGACUAAAAAUAACACAUCGAAUUAACUAGAGAUUAUGUCUAAAGAUUGAACUCUCUAUUUAAAUUGAAUAUUGUGGAACCAUAAUAUUUGGAAUCUACUUGUCCAAAAAUUAUGAGUUUAAGAGAUGGCAACAAGAAGAUGUCUAAAUCAGAUGCAAUUGAUGGGAAUAGAAUUAACAUAGAUGAUUCAAAGGAGGAGAUCUUUGAAAAGAUUAAAAGAUCAAAGACUGAUUCAAUUCCAUAAAUAUAUUUUGAUCAAGAUAAGCGACCUGAAAUCUCUAAUCUUUUGAGAAUAUAUUCAGCAUUUAGUAAUUUGAGUAUGGAACAAGUAAUUGAAAAGUAUUUGACAAAAACUACAGUUGAUUUUAAAAGGGAUCUGUCUGAGUUGAUCGCCAAUGAAUUAAAUACUAUCGCUUAGAAAAAGAAACAAAUACUUAACAAUCAAAGUGAGUUAGAACAAACCUUAAAGGAAGGCAGUAUGAAAGCUAGAGAAAUUGCAUCCAAAAAUUUGAAAUUGAUCAAAGAGAAUAUAGGAUUAUUAGUUUGA